UAUAAUAUUAAAAAAGAGAGUUUAAAUAUUAUGGCCAAGAAAAAGAAGAAGGGAAAGAAGAAGAAGAAGGAAGAACCAGAGCCAGACGACCAAUACAUGAAGAUGGACGGUAUGACUCUGGAGAAGAAACUUCAGCAACUCCAGGAGAGGCUGAGUGAGUCUAAGAUGAAGAGGAACCUGAUACAGAUUGAAAAGGAUAUGAUCCAUGAUUUUUAUUCAAAUACCAAUAAUGAGAUAAAAGAGAACUGAUCCCAGAUUAGAAAUUAUGAGACUAAGAUGGAAAACAUGGAGGAACAACAUAAAGUCAUGAUUAAGGUUUACAUGCAAAAAGUUAAGCAUUUGGAAUACGAGCAUGGCCAAAGUCAGGAAAAUGUCAAAUCUACCUCCAGAAAUUCCAUGACUGAAGAAGAGAAGGUUAAUAAGGAAACUGAAGACGAUAUGAAGAAAGACAAAGAUGAAAAGAAGAUACAAUACGGUGACAACGAUAAUGCCAACCUCUCUGAAAUCGAGUCUGUAGAAGAGGAUCUCAAAGGAAAGCUCACUGAAGUUGACGAAGUUUUAAAUGCUAGCAAGAAGGAACUUAUCUCUAACUACGAGAGAAAGCUAGCAAAGCUCAAGAAAGAAUUAGACCUUAGACUCAAGGUAGAAAUCCAUGAGAUUGAAGAGAGAAAGAACCAACACUAUAAUGAUCUUAUGAAGAACCAUGAGAAAGCAUUUAGAGAUAUGAAGGACUAUUAUAAUGAUAUCACCAGAGAAAACCUUGAUCUUAUCAAGGCUAACAAGGAAAGCCUUGCUCAGGUGAAUAACAACAUCAUUAUAAACCAAACUGAGAUUGAUACGCUAAAGAUCACAAACGGUGAAUUGCAAGAGCCCCUGAUGAAAGCUAAAAAUCAGCGGAAAACUCUCAAGAAACAGCUUGCUACUUAUGAGAAAGAUCAGAUGUCUCUACGAAAUGCAAAAGCUCAGUAUAUUGUUCUCAAGAAGAAAGUGGAGGACUUUACUUCCAAAAAGAAAGAACUUGACCAGAAGAUGGAGAAGAUUGACAGAGAGAAGGCUGACAUGUAUGCUAAGUUUGAAGUUGCUUGUGAUCAGCUGAGGAGUAAAGCUGAGUACAAAAACACUAAGCUCGAUGAGAAGCUGAGUGAGCUUGAAGAAGAUCACCAAAGAAAAGAAACACAGCUUCAUGAGCUUAUUCAGAGAUCUGUCAUUGAUCCAAAGACUGUUGAUGAAAUUUGAAAGAGAAUGGAGGAAGCUAUCGAAGCCAAAAACUCAUUGCUCAGAAAUUUGAAAUAUUCCUUUGCUCAUGCAUCCAAAGCGUACAAUGAUGCUAUCAGAGUUUAUGAGGCAAAACUGAUCGAAUUUGGUAUUCCUGCUGAAGAGCUUGGGCUUGAAUUGCUCACCACACCUACAUCAACAAUGCCUGCUGGCCUUGUUGCCGCCUAAACUAUUCUGAUUCAAU